CGCGCGAGAGACAGGGAGAGCGACGGACAGGCAAACCCUUCCUCCUGGAAGGGAACCAAGGCCGGGAUGGUCACGAGGUCACUGGUACCAACAGCAGCCCAGUCCUGGCGCUGGGUGUGUUUUCACUCAGCCCCCCCUGGGCAAUCAUGAACGGGAGUGCGGUGCCCCUGUCACCGGUAGGGGGAGGGAUGGUGGGAGAACCUGCCUCUCUCCCCUCUCCGGGCUGGCGGGAAUUCUGCGAAGCGCACGCUCGUGCUGCUGCAGUGGACUUUGCUCGUCGUUUCCGGGCCUUCCUUGGCGAGAACCCUCAGUUUGCCACACCAGGAGCUGAAGCUGCCUUCUCGCGCCGCUUUGCUGAGCACUUCCUGGAACAUUUUGAGGCAGAAGUGAGCCGAGCCUAUGCCAGCGACUCCCCACCCCGGUGUGACAUUGCCCCCUUCACCGGCUGCUCCUCUGCACGGGACCUCUCUGAGACUUGUAGCGACUCCUCUGUCGCCUCCCCUGUAGAGCCUCCCGUGGGGCCGCCCUCUGGCCUCUCCAGCAGUCAGUCCCGCAGCUCCGAAGACGUUUCCAGUGUGGCGACGGUGACCGCCACCAAACCGAAGCUGAAGAAGCGUUUCUCCUUGCGCAAUGUUAGCCGCAGCGUCCGAGGCAGCGUACGCGGCAUUCUGCAGUGGAAGACCUCGGCCGAGUCACCCUCUGGUGGCGGAGACGGGGCAGCCACAGGAGCCAACAGUAAUUCCAAUUCUUCAGGGGGUGGUGACUCUGAGCGCUGGACUCACAGAUUUGAGCGCCUGCGACUCAACAAAGCCUCCCCAGCCGCCCUCCGAGUGGAACUGGCCAGUGUGCGGCGUGAGGGCCUACUGAACUACAUUGUAGCGGACGAUGGGUCCGGUGGGGGCAGCCGGACCCGCUGGCAGAAAUGCCGUCUUCUCCUGCGAAAAGCGGGGAAAGGGGAGGGGGAGGGUUACCUCUUGGAGUUCUACAUCCCACCAAAGGCAUCAAAGCCACGGGUCAGCAUCUCCUGCUCCUGCGUAGUGGACGUGCGGACGACGACCCCCCUGGAAAUGCCAGACAAGGAAAACACCUUUGUGCUCAAGCUGUCAAGCUCCUUGGAGUAUAUCCUUGAGACGGUUGACUCGCUGCAGAUGCGCUCGUGGCUGGCAGACAUUCAGGAAUGCAUGGGCCUUGGUGAGAGCACCGACAGUCUGGAGCAGCCGUGCAUGAACCAUUCAGAGAGCAUGCCCAGCCGGGAGCUUCCCAUGGUGCCGAGCGAGAGCAGUGAACAGCUCAGCCAAGGUGCCUACGGCGGACUGAUGGAACGUCCGUCAGCCUCCAUGUCCCCAAGCUCGGUCUCCAUCGCUGCCUCGCACUUUGACUCGAUGGAGCUGCUGCCUCCGGAACUGCCGCCUCGGGUGCCGAUUGACGAAGGGCCAUUUCCCACUGGUCUCCUGCACACGACCUUCCCGGACACCCCCGAUACCACAGGUUCCUUCCUCUUCCAAGGGGAGCCCGACCCAGGUGGAGGAAGUCUUGGUGACACAGAGCACCCCCUCUCCGAAUACCCUUGGUUCCACGGCACCUUGUCCCGUCUCAAAGCGGCCCAGCUGGUGUUGGCAGGGGGAGCCAGCAGCCACGGUGUUUUCUUAGUCCGUCAAAGCGAGACGCGGCGUGGCGAAUACGUCCUGACCUUUAACUUCCAGGGGAAAGCCAAGCACCUGCGCCUCUCCCUUAACGAAGAUGGGCAGUGCCGGGUUCAGCAUCUCUGGUUCCAGACCAUCUUCGACAUGCUGGAGCACUUCCGGGUCCACCCCAUCCCCCUCGAAUCGGGCGGCUCCAGUGAUGUGACGCUCGUCAGCUACGUGGUCGCUUCACAGAGGCUGCACGGCCGGGACCGGGCUGGGAGCCGAGCGCCGGUGUCUGGGUUCAGUGGGGACCCCGACUCGCCCCCCAACCUCAUCUCCAUCCUUGCUGCUGCCUCCGCGGGUGACUGCGUAACCGAACACCUCUCGUAACCUGCCGCCGCCACCUCCGCUCCCCCCAGCUCGGCCUCCUCAUGCACCCCCUGACCAGGGAUUGCUGGAGGCUGAGGGGCAGGUUGAGGAGGAGGCCC